AUGAUCUCCAAUCUGCCGAUACGCACCACGUUGACCCCUUCGCUACCAGCUGCCACGCCGCACCGCACACGGGCGGGGCACGCGUCGACGGGACGUGGCUCUGAGCGACGGCGGCCGCGGCCGAUUCCCCCGGAGCGCCAACAACCCGUUGUAGUACACGCGCCUCGGUGCGAACGCGUCUGUCAUCCCGCGAAGGGAAUCGGCCGCACUAGGCGGUUCGGCGGGCCACGGCCAAACACGCUAAGGCCCAACACGCUGAAGCGACGCGCCGCUUUUUGCGUGCGCCCAACACGUGACCUCGCCUCCACGCCGGGACAGCGUCGAUCACGCGCCGCCGGCGAUCCCUCCUUUUUGCUCGGUCGGCCCUCGACCGGUUCGGGUUUUGGUGGUUUUUUCCCUCCCCCUCCUUACCCCCGCACACCUACCCCCCCCGCCGGCGGCCGCCCGACGGAACGUCGCGCAAAAAGGCGGCCAGAAACCCGAGAUUGGACCCGCCGAGCUGCUCGACGCUUCGAUCGUUCGAUCCUCACCGGAAUACCUGUA